AUGGUAUCUCUCUCUCCAAAGCUGAGUGAUCUUGCCGAAUUCGCUUUGUUGGGAGAGAAUGAUGGCGACGGCGAGGUUAACAACAUAAAAGGAGCCGAGCAUUACAUUUGCCUGAACCAUGAUCUUACUCGUGUCAAAGCCAAGAAGAGAAUCAUUCGUUCAAUUUUGGAUCGGGAAACCGAUCUCCGUGCAGAAGGAUUCUCUGCGAAGUACAUUGAAGACGAACUUGCAGCGUUGUCUUUAACUCUGACGGACCUCACGAAGAACUUUGCCCGUUUUGUAGGUAUCGCCGACGAGAUUGCUGCAGCCUUGUCAGUGCGAGAUGAAGGGCACGCUUCUUCCUCCAGUAGCUGCAGUGACCCUGAAAUCUUGAGUGAUGUGCUUUCGUCAGCCUCCUCGUCGGAAGGCAACAGCAGCAUUGGCAGCAGUUCAUCGUUUCACGAUUGUGCCGAGAUCAUUCCUCACCCCAGCCUUAUCAAGCCCAAAGCCAUGCGCGUGACAGUUCCCAAACGAGUUGAGAAGAAGAGGAAGAAAGGCAAGAGCAAGGACAAGAAAAUGAGUCAGCUCUGA